CAUCUCAUGAGAAGAAAAAUCUAUAAAUAUCUCUAUAAAUUCCUAUUACAACACAACUACAUUUUCCAACCAUUCAUUAGUAAGUAGCAUCCAAUUCCUUUAUCCUAUAAAGUUUGGUAUUCCUCUCUCAAUUACUAUUGACCAACCACACUUCUCAACUCCAAUAUGGCUUCUUCGCAAAGACCCGCUAAUGUUCCAGUUCAAGAAAUGUCUGUGUACGAGUUCAAUGAAAGAGAUCGUGGAAGCCCUGCUUUCCUCCGUUUAAGCCAAAAACCAGUUAAUUCACUCGGUGAUCUCGUUCCCUUUAGCAACAAGAUAUAUACCGGAGACUUGCAGAAACGGAUAGGAAUAACAGCAGGGAUGUGUAUUCUAAUUCAGAACAAACCGGAAAUGAAAGGUGACCGGUACGAGGCCAUCUUCAGCUUUUACUUCGGAGACCACGGCCACAUAUCAGUGCAGGGUCCUUAUGUGACUUACGAGGACACAUGUCUUUCUAUUACUGGUGGAACUGGAAUAUUUGAGGGUGUGUACGGUGAGGUGAAACUGCAGCAGAUUGUGUUCCCCUUUAAGCUCUUCUAUACUUUUUACUUGAAGGGCAUCAAAGACUUACCGGCCGAGCUUGCUGUGAAGCCCGUUCAGCCCAAUCCCACCGUUGAGCCCAGUCCAACUGCUAAGGCCUGUGAGGCCCAUGCUUGUGUCUCUAAUUAUACUAAUUGAUUUUGCAUAUAAUUAAUAUUUUGCAUAGCUAUGGUAGAUGGAUUAUUUCUUAUUUUAUGUUUGUCAUGAUGAGGAUCCUAAGUGGGUGUAUAAUAAACUUUUAGGAUUGUUAUUCUUCUUUAAAUUGAACCAUGAGUUGUAAUGUUUUAUUAAUGUUUUAAUGAGGAAGCUGUAUUAUUUUUUUUUUCCGAAAAAACAGCUUGUACUAUAUUAAAAUAACCAAUAAGUGCAGGUUACAAGUGCUAUAUAAUUGGAACAUUAUCCAUUCCAAAUCACUUUCCUUUCCUUUCUAGUCCAAAAGUCCUCUUAGAUAAAGGGAUAAUUGCGGCAAAAGUCCCCAAAAACUUAGAGUUAAUACAGAUUAAUCUCCAACCUCAAAAAUUGGUGGUUAUAGUCCUCAAGGUGAUAUUUUUUGUUAGUCCGUUGGUCCCUAGUUAAAUGCUUCGUUUGUUCAUUUAAAAAAAUGCCAUGUGUUGACAAAUUAUUGGUUAAAAUCAUAAUUUUAAUUUAAAAUAAUUUAUUUUUUUUUUCUUCUU